CCAGUGCUAAGCUGUUUGACAGAGGCUGGGCCGGUCAAGUGCAUUCUAGCCUAGAAAACGCAAACCAUCAGACACCAGUGCCAUACUCACCCAAGAACAAGCUCAUAGCUCAUAAUCCAUCCAGCAAGCCAAGUAGCAUUAUGGAGCAGUCCAACCCAGCCUUGUCACCCUUGUCACCCUUGGGACUCUUUACUGUCGCUCCUAGUCCUUCUCAAAAUCCAAACACUACGGCUCUGCCCAUGCCGUCAACCAAAGAAUGGCAAUUCUCCGUUGCAAUCGACCUUCGAAACCAUUUGGUUGCCCAAAUAGUUCACUCCAUUUACCCCAUGGAUAUACCCGAAACUGCAAUUGACGAGCACCUUCAGCAUCUUAUUGCCCAUGCCAAAUACAUAGAGUCAGAUUCGUUUAACGAGGCUGCAUCUCGAGUCGACUAUUACCAGACCGUGGCGAAUAAGAUCCACAAGAUUCGCAAAGGUCUUGAGGCCAGGAGUCAAGAACGUCAAGCGGCUCAAGGAGGAAACACCCUUGAGGGCGGCACUCAGAUCCCACCCCAAACCAACUCUCAAAACCAGACUGGUACUCCACAAUGAAAAUAUUAGCUACAAUGGAUUUACUUAUCUUCGACGACUUUAAAAGCUCUUAUUCAUUCCCAUUGGCGCACACGGCAACAACAAGUGUGAGUUUUGGAACUCCACCGAUCUCGAUCUAUUCAGGAGCAUCAUAGCCAUUUUGCAAUCGAUUCCAUCUGAGGGCCUCUUCUGCCAAAAGGGGCCUAGACCUUCAAAGUUGGCCUUGUGUUGAUAUAUCAGAAAUCGUGGGCUGAUUGGUUUGAAUUGAGACUUAGGGAACGAAUUAAAAACAAAGCAUCUGA